UAUCAUAAAUGAUGAAUUCAUUGUGUGUAGCAGUGAAUUUUCAAUUUAAUUUGUGAUACAAAGAAAGUUGUUGUUUUUGUGAAUUAUCAAUGUUGGUCUCCAUUCAACUCGUCAGUUAAAAUCUUUUGUGUUUGCGAUACAAGUUUGUGUUUAGGUCCAAGUCCAAUGAAAUAAUAAAAUUUUAUGCUUUCUACAAUAUAUCAAUAGAUAAAUUAAAAAAAAAACAGUGUUAAAUGAAUUUCAUGUAAAUUUAAACGUUUGAUAAAGAAAAAAAAAGAAAUAAAAAUGGAUAAGGAAAUUGCGGAUCGUUUACGAAAUGAAAAUCCCGAGCAAUUUCAAACGUUAGUUCGUAUGCAUUUGUCGUUUGAAUUAGAUCUCAGCACAGAUCCAGUUGAAAAUGAUACCCAACAAACAAUGGGUAGCGUUGCCAGUGUAAAACUGCGAUCGAAGAAAUUGUUUGCUUUUCCAAAAAAAUCGAAACAAUUGCAUUCCACGUCAAAGAGUCAACCAUUCAAUGUUGUCGAUUCACUUACACCCGUUGGCAUUGAGCAGAUCAAACAAAUGAUACGCUUUUUAAUGGAGAGCCAAAAUAUAAUUCAAGAGGGUAUUUUCCGACGGACUGGUUCAGUGGCACGUCAAAAUGAGCUGCGGCGUCGCCUCAAUGAACAGACAACAUUGGAUUUUAGCAAUGGCGUGUAUACGGUUCACGAUUGUGCCAGUGUUUUAAAGUCGAUCAUUGCCGAUUUACCGGAACCACUUUUAACCGAUCACUUUUAUGCGGUUCAUUGUCAAAUUGCCGAACUCUACAAUAGCAAUCAAAUUGAACACAAUCAAAUGAAAGAGACUCGGCUCUUGCAUUCAAUUCAAUUGCUAUUGCUAUUGCUUCCAUUGGAAAAUCGUUCACUAUUUUAUGACAUCAUAAAUAUGUUGAAUGAAACCACAAAAUAUGAAUCGAGCAAUAAAAUGUCUUCCGAAAGUCUGGCCACAUUGUUUACACCACAUUUGAUAUGUCCACGAAAAUUGACACCAGAAGCAUUGCAUGCGGUAUCACAAAAUAUGUCGGGCCUAGUAAGUUUUAUGAUUGGAAAAGGUGAUGAAUUGCAAUGCAUACCACCAAAACUAUCCACCGACAUACGAGCAUAUUUGGUGGAACAAAGACGUAAAAAGGUGCUAUCGCCUGAAUUGCAAAUACUUGAUGAAUCGGUUACGUCCGAUUCAACGGCAAAUACCGUAUACACAUUUGUGGAUCGUGAAAAAACGGCCGAAGCUCAUAAUUCAAAUUCAACGGAUACUGCAUUGGCACAAUUAUAUGCGCACAUACAAUCAUUACCCGAUGAUCGAAAGAAACGAAAGCUAAUCAAACAAUUUAAUAAGGAAAAUGGACAGGGAACGCCAUUGCAACAGCAAAUGUUGAUGCGAUUGAAAAAGGGAAAUGUGGCCUCACCACGACCCAAUAAAUCACUUAGUGGUUCAAUAAAAAAGCACAUCUUUCAUUCGGCACUUGGUUCAAAGACACCAAAACGUGGAUCGAUGACCGUUUCUACGCCAAGUUUGCCAGGAAUGAGCACUCCGGUUAGUAGAAGAGGGCUCGAUUCGACGCCAAAAUCUCAAUCAACAUUCCAUACGCCAAUCGGACACCGAUUGAAUGCAACCCGUACAGAGACUUUAUCGUCGUCACUAGAAACACCGAAAUCAGCCAUGAAAAAUAGUAAAUACGAAAGCAAAAGUACCGAAACACUUGACAAAAUAGCAAUAGAUGGUGAUAGCGAGAUAACUGAAAACAAAAGUGAACGAAAAGAAAUGGCAAAAAUUAAAUUCGCGCAAGGUGCCGAUAAUCACAACGAUCAACAUUAUCACACGCCAAUUUCAUUUAAAAUGAGUAAAUUUAUAAUGUGCUUCAAGUCAGAGCCGGAUUUGAGCCGUGUCCAAGAUGGCAUCGAAACAGCACCAAUACUAAAUCGUGGGCGUUUCAUUGCAAAGAAAUUACUUAGCGGAGUUAGCAUGAUCAAUUUGCGUAGACCAUUUGUGAAUUCAAAUGAAAAGGCAGCUACUAGAACCAAACCAAUAAUAAAUGACGAGAGCAGCAAUGACAAUGCUGAAAAUAUGUCGAAAAAACUAGGUGAUGAAAUUGAAACGAACAAAAUGUCAAUCGCUGAACCACAAGCGUGCUUUGUCAAUGAAAAUAAAAUUGAUGACGACGACGAAGAUUUCGUUGAUGACGAAGAAGUUGAUCGAGAAUACGAUGAUAGCGUUGACAAGGAGAAUCAAUCACCACUACAUUAUAAGACAAUUGAAUACAUUUCAAAACUCAAUCCGCCACCGCCAUUGGCGGUGGCAAUUAACUGUGGCGCUCCUCUGUCGGAUUCAAUUACAAAUGAUUCGGUGUCACCAAUUACCAAAUCAACACAUCGCAUGUCGAAAGCAAUGCAGGAAUCUAUAAUGACGCCUAGAUCACGCAAGCCAGUCAUCAUUAUUGGUGCAAUGCGUGGUUUGACAUCGGACAAUUAUCAUCAAAAUUUCAUCAACUUCGAAAUGGAUGAAGUCGAGAAUAGUUUUGACUGUGAAAAUACAACACAUGAUAGACUCGACUCAUCAUUGCAGAGAUCGAAAAGUGAAAGCAGUCUUCAAUUGCGAUCACCAAUUGAGAUAAAAUCAGUCUUGGUUCAACCCAGCACUCUUGAAGAACAACGAACAGUAACCAAAUCCAAUUCAGACGAAACAUUGUCUACGCCAUUCAGAAAAUAUAUGUUUAGUCGCAGUUUGUUAAUGACAACACCUGUUGAUUCAUCGUUUUCGAGCCAAUCGGAUGACUUUGAAAAUCUGAAUGACUCGGAAAUGAGCGAGAGUUUGAUUUACUGUUUGAAUGGAAAUGAGCCAAACGAUGUUGGCUUGCCCAAUAUAAACGAUCCAGUUACACCACGAUCGACGAAUAGAAUUUUCCCCAGUGGUAGCAGUGUCUCUUUCAAAAGACCACUGAAAAAUGAUGAUGAUUUAGGCAAAAAUUCAUUAUCAGAUCCAGUAUAUGGUGAAUAUAGUUGCAUUAAUGCGAAGAAAAAUCACUUGGAAUUGGACGAAACUGCUUUAUAGGUGAAUUUCACAAUGGAAUUCACAAAUUUUUAGAGAAAACAAAAUCAAAUAUAACUAACAAAUUUAUGAAUCAAAUGAGAAGCAGAAAAUUAUCGCGAAAUAUUACUAAAUCUUAAUAUAUACUAUGAGCACACAACCAAUCAUAUAUAAUUUGCACGGAACUGCAUGGUCAUAUGCACAGUGUGCAUGCCUUGAAUGUAUUUUACUCUUUAAAUGGUGUAGGAAACUAAACUAAAAAAACGAUUUAUUUUAAAUUUCAAGUCUUUAUUUUAUAUCAUACAAAUCCUUUUAAAUAACAUUUUAUCCAGAAAUGUUUUUGUAAAAACGAUGACAUCAUUUUAAAUAAUU